AAAAGGUGGUCUCAUGUUGGUGUGUAUUUGUACACAUGUUGAGAAGUAAAUCAAAGUAAUAUGAUUAUAAAUAUAUGUAGACUGAUUGAUAAUAAUAAAAAAACAUGAAAAUUGGAUAGAGAUCUAAAAUGGGGUUGAGUAAAAGCUAUAAUCUCUCGCCUCACCUAACACCAGUCGUGAAGAGCAGAACCCCACCAUAAUCUACUUCGCCAACUCCCACUUUUGAUGUAACUUUUAUUUAUUUUUAAUUUUUUAUCGUUUUAAAUUUUAUCGAUUUAGAUAUGCUAGUGUUUACCAAACCUUUUUGGAUAGUUUUUAUAUAUUGAUACAUUUAUAAGAGGCAGGUGUUUCAGGCUCACCCAAUUCCUGUUCUAAUGCCAUUUAUAAUUGUUAUUAACGAUUAGUACUAUAUUUUCAGACAGGAAACUGAAAACUUUAAAUUUCUGAAAAACAUAUGUUCCUGACUCCUCAUAAGGACCACAAAUAAUGAUUAUAUCUAUGAGACUAUGAAGUUUUGGUUUUGGUUUUGUUUGUUAUACCGUCCUCAAAAUUUGUUGUAGGUAGAGAAAAAUGUAUAUGAGUUGAAGCGAAGAGCAUAUUCUUUUACGUGGAGGGGUGAUUAUAAUCAAGUGAGGUCGACCACACGGAGUCUUGUCCUUCAACAUGUUGGUGGAAAGGAGAUGUUAGGUGUGUUGACUUUAGGGUUAUUUGCUUUUUACAAAUAUAUGAAUGCUAUAAGAUAACUGGUUAUCAAUUUUAUGAAUAGAAUGAAUAAAUGAAACUAACAAAAUAGAACAUAAAUAAAUCAAACAAAAGAAGUUGUAGAAUAAAAGGUUGGAAUUUCAUUCUAUCUCAUUCAUGAACCUAUGUUUUAUAACUACUUUUUAUUUUUUCUAUAUAUUCUAUAAGAAAUCAUUAGAAUGAGAUUUUUUUUACUAUAUUUAAAUGGUAAAAAAUUUAGAAUCUAUAUAAAUAAAUCAUUACAUACAAUCAGCUUAUUCUAAAAUUAUAAUCCAAUUACACUAAGUCAUUAGCUACUUUUUUAAUUAUCCUUCUUGUAACUAUUCUUUUCUCUUUCCAUCUUUCUUUAUUGUUUUUUAACUAAAUUUUUUUUAUCGUCCCUGUGUUUUACAAAUUUUCUGAGAUAUAUAAGAAAUUUCAAAACAACAGAAACAUAUAGAAUCUAAUUAAUGACCAUCAUAUGAACAACAUAAACAAAAAAAAAAGAAACGGAAAAGAAAGGAAUAUAAGAAUGAUAAAUUUAAUGAAGAACAAAUUUAUUUUAUUUGUCUUUACGAUAAAAAAAUAAAAAUAAAAAACUAUUUUUUAUAAAUAGUAAUAUUUUUUAGAAAUGUUAAGGAAUAUAGUGUUCCUCUUGAUUGUUAUACCCAUAAUAAGACAAUAGGUCAACCCAUAAUAAGACAAUAGGUCAAGGUUGAACCAGAAGCAUCGAAUGAAAGUUUAUUUACGGGACUUCUUUUAUAUGCCUCCAUUCUUUUUCUCAGUGACCUAGCAUAACUUAUUUUUUUCUACACUGAUCUAAAGUUCAUGUACAAUUGAGCAGAAAUAAAAAGUUCCAACUACUUUGAAUGUGUAUCGGAUGACUUACUAACAAGGCCGACUAAAUGCCUACUGGACUUCAAAUUUACAAAUAAGCCCAUGCUAAGAUUUAGUGGGCUUAAAAACUCCAUUGAGCUCAAUAUUUUACUGCCAUGUGUCUUAUAAUUUGCCAUACUCAUCAGUCAUCACACGUGUUUUCUUCAUCAUCAAAUUUGUAAUGAUGUAGAUAUUGAGCCAAUUGUACUUGUAAGCUGCCUUUUGGACUUUAUCAAAGAAUCAUGCCGACAAAAAAAAAACACUUGAACGAGUACAAAACUGUCGGGUACAAAACAAGGUAUUCAUAAUAAAUUAAAUUUAGAAAGUAUUUAACAUUUCUUUUAAAAAAAUUAAAUUUCUACAAAUUACUUCAUCAAUCAUCAUAAUCUCGUUUUCACCUGUUGUCCAGAGUUUUCAUAUUUUGUUAGAAAUACGUCAGAUAUAUAGUAGUUUUAGCCUUUUAGGUACAUGCAAUAUUUGUAACUGAUUUACCAUAUUCUUUCCAAACCCCAAUUUAAACAGCCUAAUAAAUUUAAUGUAAUACUAUAUAGCUGAGCAAGUUAUACCCACCAAUACGUUUAAUUUGUUUGUUCAAUUCUAUUCUAUAUGGCAUGUUAUAUUUUAAUUUAUAGAACUUGAAAAAGUCAAUAUAAAAACUUAGAUUUUCGUUUUUGUAACUAGUAUUCUUUUAUCUCAAAAGAUUGCGUUCACGAAAUAUUUCCUCACAGGACCACUUUCCGAAUUGUGUUUCUUACAUAUUUACAUGCUACAUGUAGAUAAACAUUAUCUUUAACUUGUUGGCAGCAUAUCAAUCUUACGGCAUCUAGAAAUUUUCGCUCGUGACGCACAUGUCGACAAUCUACGUACAAGAAUUCAAUUAUGUAAUCUCACCGUGAAGUCCUUUAAAGCAUAGUGAAAUCAGUUCCAGAAUCAAUCACAUCCACUGUUCCUUCUUUUUUGACACACGGGAAAGGAAAAAUGGCUUCUCAUAUCGUUUCUAGCGGACAAAAACCACACGUUGUUUGCGUGCCUUACCCUGCUCAAGGCCAUAUCGACCCGAUGCUCAAGGUAGCUAAACUGCUUCACAACAGAGGCUUUCACGUCACCUUUGUCAACAACGUCUACAAUCACAACCGUCUACUCCGGUCGCGUGGGCCCAACGCGCUGGACCGGAUUCCUACGUUCCGGUUUGAGUCUAUCCCUGAUGGUCUACUAGAGACUGAUGGGGAUAAGAUGCAGGACAUCCCUUCCCUUUGCGAGGCCACUAUGAAGAAUUGUCUAGCUCCAUUUAAGGAACUUCUUCAGCGGAUCAACGUCCGAGAUGAUGUUUCUCCGGUGAGUUGUAUUGUAGCUGAUGGUAUUAUGACUUUCACUCUUGACGCUGCGGAGGAGCUCGGUAUCCCCUGUGUUAUUUUCUGGACCACAAGUGCUUGUGGCUUCCUGUCCUAUAUGUACUUUCACAGUUUCAUCGAGAAGGAUUUAUGUCCAUUAAAAGAUGAGAGUUACUUAAACACACAAAUAGACUGGAUUCCAACGAUGAAAGACCUAAAACUAAAAGACAUCCCAAGCUUCAUCCGUGCGACUAGUCGUGACGACAUCAUGCUCAAUUUUUUUCUCCAUGAGACAGACCAACUCAAACGCGCUUCCGCUAUCAUUCUCAACACGUUCGAUGAUCUUGAGCAUGACACCAUACAAUCUCUGCAGUCUAUUCUACCUCCCGUGUACACAAUUGGACCGCUCCAUCUACUAGUGAAUCGUGAUAUCGACGAGGAUAGUGAGAUAGGACGGAUGGGAUCGAGUUUAUGGAAGGAGGAGAAGGAGUGUCUAGACUGGCUUGACACCAAACCUAUAAACAGCGUUGUUUACGUUAACUUUGGUAGCAUAACGGUGAUGAGCGCAAAACAACUCGUAGAGUUCGCUUGGGGUUUGGCGGCAACAGGAAAAGAGUUUUUGUGGGUGAUCAGGCCCGAUUUAGUAGACGGUGAAGUGCCGAUGCUUCCGCCAGAUUUUUUAACCGAGACGGCUGGCAGGAGGAUGCUAGCGACUUGGUGUCCUCAAGAAAAGGUUCUUGCUUAUCCAGCGGUAGGAGGGUUCUUAACGCACUGUGGAUGGAACUCGACUAUAGAGAGUCUUUGUGGUGGAGUUCCUAUGGUGUGUUGGCCAUUCUUUGCUGAACAGCCAACAAAUUGUAAGUUUUGCUGUGAUGAGUGGGGAGUGGGGAUGGAGAUCGGUGGAGAUGUAGGGAGGGAGGAGGUCGAAGCGGUGGUAAGAGAGCUAAUGGAUGGAGCGAAAGGAAAGAGCAUGAGGAAGAAGGCGGAAGAGUGGAGAGGCUUAGCUGAGAAAGCGACGGAGCAUACGUGUGGUUCAUCGGAAUUAAAUUUGCAGAUAGUUGUUAACACAGUUCUCUUACAGCACCUCCAUCCUAGCAUCCUAGCGAAGGAGGUGACUUUCUAAACAAUAAAAGGUAAAAAGAAUUUUUACUCGAUGUUUUUUUUUUUAUCUAAGAAACCAAAGCUAUUAGAUACCUUUUAGAUAUUUCUUUAUACAUUUAAGUGUAAUAAGGUUAGUCUUUUAAUAAAAAAAAAAACAAAAUUUAAGGUUUGAUAGGUUGAAUCGGUUUUAUGGUUUUUGCUCUAAGAUUUAAUAUUUAAAAUUUUAACUAUGGUUUAAUUUUCUUUUGCUGUAGAAUUUUUCCAAAGUACUAAACAAAAAUUCUAGAAAAAUAAUGAUUUGGUAAAGCUAAUAUAUUUCCGUUUAUAAAGUAUUAAAAGCUGUAGAUUUAAUUUUUUAAACUAAAUCAUGAUUGUUUUAAAAGAGACUAAAACUAAAAAUAGCUGUUCACGGCUACUAAAACCUCUUCACUCCUAAUUAGGGCAUCCGCAUUGCUAGGACCAAAAAAUUGGUCCUUAAAUUAAUUUAUUGUUUUUGUUAUGUUAAGAGAUUUAGCUAAGGACAAUUAGAAAAAGAAAGAUUAUUGGUAGGACCAAAAUAUUAGUCCUUAGAUUAUUAUAUUGAUAUUAUAAAUUAAUUAAUUAUUUUUAUAAUUAUUGACAUAUAAAAGAUAAGUUUUUAAACAAAACAUUAAACAUUUAAAUUGAAAACACAAGAACAUUACAAAGUUGAAAAAAAAUUAUAAAAUUGGGAAACAAAUUACAAAUUACAAAAGGAAACAAACCAAACAAACAUUUUAUUGAGAUCCGGUGGAGUGAUUCGGUUGAAAUCGGCGGAGAGAUCGCUGGAGAGAUUGGUGAAGAGAUGUGAGAGAUCGGGGCUCGGAUCGGAGGAGAGAUCGUACGAUAUUUCCGAUGGAGAGAUUCGGUGGAGAGCUUCGUUGGAGAGAUUUAGGGCGAGGGAUUGAGGGCGACAGAUUGGGAUCGACAGAGAGAUGGGAGAGAUGGGACAGAUCGCCAGAGGGUUCGACGGAGUCCGUGGUCGAGAGCUCGGUGGAGGGAAACCGUCGAGAGAGAUGGGAGACGAUGCGAAUGAUUUCGUCGAGAGAGAUGGAAGACUUUCCCAACACCGAACACUCCUUCCCCUCUCUCUGACACGUGCAGCUAAGGACACAAACUUAAAACUUCUUAAUUAACAUACGUGAGCUAACGUUUUCUGUAUUAUUAAUUUAAAUUGAUUUAAAUUAAUUACCUAUUAUGCUAAGGACGCGCUAACAACCGCGCAAUGCAGAUGCCCUUAGCAUGCAAACGAAAUGCUGUUAAAACCUUUAAUACUUUUCUCAGAGCAGCUUUAGAGCACCAUUAACCCAACAACCCAUAAUGGGGUGUUUAAAUUUUUUUUUUCUUUUUUCCUGAUUAAAAAAAAUUAAAAAUGGAUCAAUCGCGGACCACCACGUAUAAGUGGAGUCUGUGAACAGUGCAAGCAGCAGUGCUUAAAUAGACUUCAAAAGAAUUGGUGCUUAAAAUUUUGUAGGUCUACCCUGGGAUCCACCCACUAUUAUAUUAUUCUUCCGUAAGCAUUUGGGUUAAUGGUGCUUUUAGAGCAUGCCUACUGGUGGUUUUGUGUUUCUUCCUUCUUUCCUUAUUGUUUUUUCCACCACUUGUUGGAUACUUUAUUUUCUUUGUCUCGUUGUACGAUUGAGGCUUUGUCCUCGUUUAAGUUUUCACCCCAAUCCAUCAAUGAUAAAUCCAGUGUUUAAAAAAUGGUUUUAAAGCAUUAUCAAUGGUGAAGUUUUUAAGUAUCUACACAAUAAUAUAUCAAUAUUCCAAAAAAAUUAUUUAUGUAAUUGAAUGUUAUUUUCUAAAAACGAUAUGUCAAUCUGAGUAUGACAUUGGGUUUAUGGUUUUUUAAGCUUGGAUGUCUGGAUGAUAGUGUUUCUCAGGCUGUGAGGGGUUAACAAUCCAUCCCGUGGGAUCCAUGGUGAUCUUGUAAAACACUAACAUCAACCCUAAGCUUCUCUCAGGUUGGUUGUUAAUGCGCUUGCUAUUCUUCGAAUCUAAGACUUUAUCCUUUAACAUUCUAAGAGUUUACCCUUUAACAACUCUCUCACAACAACUUGCAUGAGAAAAACUUAAGGUUUAUAAGUAAAGGGUUGAAGUCGGUGUUCUACCGGAUCAGCCUAGAUCCUAUGGGACGGGUUGUUUGGUGACUAUUUAUCAUGUAUGAGGAUUGUUAAAGGAAGAGGUCUUGGGUUCAAGGAACGCCAAACACACUAACAACCUAUCUAGAAAGAGUUUAAGGUUCAAAUGUGACGAAUUAGAAUCGGUGACUAGUAGAGUUGUCUGAAACCCACAUUACGAGUUGCUACAAUACGAUUGCGAUGUUUUUAAUUGCAUCUCUCUAACUUUAAUAUAUUCUUUAGUUAUAAACUAUAACCUCUCAUCAAGAGCUUAUCUAUAAAUUAUAAUGGUGCUCUUAUCGCUAAGCUCUAAGAAAAAGUCUUAAGAAUAAAAUGCUAUUAUUUUAAUUUGUUUUGUUUAAAACUAAAAUCAAAUAUUUAAACCAUUAAUUUUUUGACAGGUGCGGUGAAAAGUUCUAACCAAUUUCUUGGAGAGUUUAUUUUGAGAACUUAUUGCUGUCUUUUUCCAAUAUAUUUUUUUAAUGUCUACAUACUCAAUUAAAACCAUCCAUUGGAAGUGAAAAUGUUUACAUACUCAACUAAAACCAUCUAUUGGAAGUAAAACUCUGAUAUCUUAAGCGGUGGAAGUGCUAUAAUGUAAUUUAACCUUUCAAAAAUAAAAAUAAGAUAACAACAAAACAUUACUCGUAUGUAUUUGAUAUCUGUUAUAUUUGCGAAAGCAAUGGGGAUACUAGUCGGACAGGCUUUUUUUUAUGUCAAAAACUCCACUCAAAAUUAGCUUUAUCUUAUAGCAGACAACUCAAACAAAUCUUGCCGGAUGUGCUUGAUGGUCCCCUUUAAUACGCUAACUUGGGGACUUCUGACUCCUACUGUUUCAAGAGUCUCCGCUAGUUGAACCCCGUCCUGUAGACUUUUUGUUUUGCUCAUCUCCUUCGUCAGCUGUUUGAUCGGGAUGCCCCAGCCAUGCUCCCACGGCCCGCAUACCGAAGGCAGAUGCUGCUUGGAUUAUCGUAGAAUAAAUAUUUUGUCAAGGCGUCUUUCCUGACUUCGUUUUUUUUUUUGUCAACCUUGACUUUGUUAAUGCAUACUUGAUUAUUUUUAUUUUUUUACUUGAUUAUCUUUUUGUCGUCUCUUUAUUAUAUAAUCCAACCAGCAAAAAAGAAUUACAAAAGAUACAAGUAAAGAUCCAUGCCCACAUAAAAAAACACUUUUUUUUUUGGUAAAAACACUUUCCCAGAUAAAAAACACUUUCCCAGAAGAAACCCAACAAUGAAGGAAAUAGAGUGAUCCACGCAAGACCACGCGUAAAGACUAAGCUCGAU